AUGGGACUUAAUACAGCUUCAGUCGGGGCAGCAGUUGCGCCUGUUGUUUUUCAAACAUUCAUCACUCAUUUCUUCAAACGUGGACCUCGCAAAGAGAAACCUACUGCCCAUAUCUCCUACGAUGAAGGUCUUCACUUAAUUCGCAGAUUCCUUAUCUAUGCCUCUAAUCAUACAGUCGAAGAUAUUCAACGAUUUACCUCCCAAUGGGUACCUCAUCCUCCUUUCGUAAAGGUGGACGAAGUUCUCAUUUCCAGCCAAACUUUAACAGAAGCGCGCACACUUUUGACAUUACACUUUUCCAAUUACGGAGGGAUUCAAAAAGUAGGAGGGAAAGAUUGGUGGGCAUGGAGACAGCCGGGGAGUGAACUUAAGGCUGAAUGGAUAGAGAUGAGGGUGGAUCACCAGGAGAGGAUUAAAAAUGGAGGAAAGAGUAAAAGGAUUAUGUUAUAUGUUCAUGGGGGAGCAUACUUUUUUGGGAGUACAGAUGAGCAUAGGUAUCAAAUGCAAAGACAUGCAAGGAAAUUGAAGGCAAGAGUUUUUGCGCCUCGGUAUCGUUUGGCGCCCCAAUUUCCAUUUCCAUGCGGCCUGCUCGAUUGCUUAGCGGCAUAUCUCUUUCUCCUUGAAGAAUAUGAUCCGACAAGUAUUAUUUUCGCAGGAGAUUCGGCCGGUGGUGGAAUGAUUUUGAGCUUGCUCGUGAUUCUGCGCGAUUUAAAGAAACCCCUGCCCGCGGGUGCUAUUCUCAUUUCACCAUGGGUUGAUUUGACUCAUUCUUUUCCUAGUGUUGCUGCAGAUAAUCCUUUGGAUUAUAUCCCAGCACAUGGAUUUCAUCACCGACCAUCUACUGCCUGGCCACCUCCAAAUUCUGAUGAUUUGCUGGCUAUAGAGAGGGGAAUGCAUGAUUUCACUGAGAAUAAAAACGACAUGACACAGUCGGAAGUAGAUGCUGCUCAAGGAUUGAGAGUGGAUAAACAUCCACCACCAGGGACACAUAAUAACACAGCUGCUGCUGGACCUUCAUCUGAUGAUUCAGGGCCACAAGCAAAUACAGUGCCUGGAUUUGGUGGUGAUCUUUCAAUCAUGAUUGAUGGAGAGCUAGUUGUGAUCAAGGAUCAAAUUCAAAUGUAUGCGACGAAUCAAUUAAUAUCUCAUCCUCUGGUUUCUCCUGCCCUCCAACCGUCACUUGGUGGUCUUCCACCACUACUCGUCCUCACAGGCGGUGGCGAGAUGUUACGAGAUGAACAGAUAUACGUCGCACACAAAGCUGCAAAUCCAACUCAAUACCCUCCUGGAAAUGUGUUUCUCGAUACAUAUGCUGUACGUGAAGAUCCUCGGGCCGAAGUCGAGGCAUGGAAACCAACAGACGUACAAUUACAAGUUUGGGAUGAUCUAUGUCACGUUCCACCAACAUUAAGUUUCACUCGUCCAGCGAAAUAUAUGUAUCGCUCCAUAGCACAAUUUGGAGCUUGGGCUUUAGCUAAGGCUCAGCAGACGGAAAUUGAAAUUUUGGAUGAUGAUGAUGUUUCGGUUAUCUCGAGAUCUUCAGAAUCGGGUGAGGAUGCUCAAAAGCAAACUCCCAGUGAACCUAAAGAACAAAUAGGGAAAGCAGGCGAUCCCCUUCCUCCAUUUAAAGAUCAUAUGAUACGUCAGCGUGUCGAUCGCCACGGCAACAUUUUCCCUCUCGCCCCAGCUUCCGAACUGGCGGCUUGUAAUAUGUCACCUGAUGAAAUUGGUGUUAUCAAACCGGGACCGGUCAAAAAAUGGAUGGCUACGAAAACUAAUUGGGACACAAAAUUCGCCAAGGAUAAGCGAAGGGUGCAGGAAAAGAGGGCAAAGGAAAGGGAAAGGGGAUAUGAAAAAUACGGACCGUCAGGUGAAGAACCACCUCCUAGUGCACUAGUCGGGCGUAGAUUGGCUGGUGUUGAUGUGAAGGAAGAGAAAGGAGGCAAGGUGAAGAAGAGUUGGGGAAUGUCAAUGUGGAGCGGCUGGGGUAGUAAGCAUGAUAAACUUACCAUGGAUCGCGAAGCAGAAGCGGAAAAAGUGGGUAAAAAUGUCGAGACUACGACUGCAAGAGCGGAACAUGGUGCAGGAGGCAGGGAUUUACAUGGUAUAGAGACGACUAACACUGAAAAUACGCACCUCGGGAAUCGCGUUGAGAACUCGACUGGGACUAGUGAGUCGAGUGGGACGCGUACGGGUAAUGGGAAAGAGAAGGCUGUUGAGGGAAAUGAUGAGAAUACGAUGGCGGAAUAUUCUGCUAUGCAAAAGAAAAUGAGGGAUGAGGAGCAUUAUUUGAUGGCAAAGAAAAAUGUCAAGGUUACGGAUGUCAAUCAUUCCUCGGCGCCAGGAUCUCCCGCCCAUGAAAUAAACGAAGGGGGAAUGCAAUUAAAUAUACCGGAAAUAAUAAAAGAUAGUCCGCUGAUAGGAAGGGAUAAUGAUGAGGGUGUUGAGAGAUAUGGUAGCAAUGGAGAAGAAUUGAGGAGACCCACGGCACAAGGUAUAGCUUUCCCCUUUGCCAUGCGCAUGGGUGGGGAGGGUGUAGAUGGGGUUAUGAAAGAUGGUGUCAGGGAGAGGAAUGCACGAAAUGGGAAACUGGGGAGAGAUGUUAACGCCAGUACGGAAUCACUACUUAGUGAUCGAAGCGGAGCCCCGGAGGGCUACGAAUAUCAGUAUAAUGAUGAAUUAGAAGCGUAUGUAUUGGUGAAGAUAGGAGAGGAUAAUGAAGAGAGGAUUGCAUUGGAGAAUGGAAAUGAAAACGAAAAUGAAAAUGAAAAUGGUCAUUUGAGUGUAGGAGAUCAUUUUGCGGUUUAUAAUUCUUCGGUUGAGAGUGUGGAGGAGAGGUUGGAUGGGGAUGGGAUGGAUGGUCCCGGGGGUUUGGGCGUGCUAGGUUCAUAUAAUGGGGGGAAUAAGGGGAAAGGGGUUGCUAAGCGAGAGGAGGCGGAGGAUGAGGAGGAGGAGGGGAAUGCAUUGGCUGUGGAUGGAGCUAGUGGUUCUAAUGGUGUUAGUCCGAGACUUUCGGCUUUGGGGACGGAGGCGCGGGGGGAGAGUGAGAUGUUUUCGGGGCAGGAAAAUCGGGAUAGGGAAAUGAACUAA